CUAUUGGUUUGCUAUCGGACGUAGUAGGUACGUUGGGAUAAAAUUUAUGAUGAAAAAUUGGUGAUCGAAACUUCAAAGGAUUUAUUUUUAAGGUUUGUUUAAAACAUUUUUAUUAUCUGUAACUUUAAUAUUUUCAAAAAUGGAAGUUCUAAAUUUUACUUCCAUUUUUGAAAUUUCAAACAUAACGUUAGAAAAUUUUAAUUGGCUCAACGAACCAGCCCAGUGGAGCUUGAAGGAUAACGAACUGGUUUUGACUACAGACUACAAAACUGACUUCUGGCAAAGUACAUGGUACAAUUUCACUGUGAACACCGGACAUGUUUACGGAGUCGGCAUUUCUGAAGAUUUUACCUUGGAGGUAUGCGUUGAAGCGGAUUUCCACACGCUGUAUGAUCAAGCCGGUCUGAUGAUUUACUUAGAUGAAAAACAUUGGCUUAAAGCGGGAAUCGAAUACAAUGACGGACAACCUAUGAUAGGCAGUGUACUCACUAAUGAAGUUUCUGAUUGGGCAACAGGUAUAUUCAAUGGUAACCCAAGAAAAUUCUGGCUGAGACUGACGAAGGUCGGUACCGUUGUUUGUAUUAAAUACUCCACAGAUAAUAAAACAUGGCUCUUAUUAAGAUUAUCAGCAUUCCCUGUGGCCGAGAAGUAUUUCGUGGGUCCAAUGAGCUGUACUCCACAGCGACAGGGCUUGACUGUCAAAUUCAGUGGGUUGACAUUUAGUAAGCCAGCUAAAGAUAUUUUACACUCUAAUUAAAAAGCAAUAAAUACAUUUUGCAUAA